GUUAUUUGUGGUUUGCUUCGAUAUUGGCCGAAAGUUAAUAGUCCAAAGGAAGUCAUGUUUUUGAAUGAAAUAGAAGAAAUAUUGGACGUAAUUGAACCACUGGAAUUUGUAAAAAUACAAAUACCUCUGUUUCAACAGAUAGCACGAUGUGUUUCCAGUCCUCAUUUCCAGGUAGCAGAAAGAGCUCUUUAUUAUUGGAACAAUGAAUACAUUGUUAAUCUGAUAGGGGAUAAUGUUAAUGCGAUCCUACCAGUAAUGUUUCCAUCACUGUAUCAUAACUCAAAAGCUCAUUGGAAUCGGACGAUUCACGGCUUGGUUUACAAUGCACUUAAACUAUUUAUGGAGAUUAAUCCUGCUCUUUUUGAUGAAUGUGCUGCUCAAUAUAAGCAGAAUCAAGAAACGGCGACUCACAAUUCAGAAGGGCUUCCUUUGCCGUAUCCUAUUGGUGGACCAACAAUCACUACAACCUUGGGGGUUGAGGUUUCUGUUCCUAGCUAUAAUCCUUACGUGAACGAUGAUCCUGAAAAUCUUUCGAGUGGUGAAGAGGAGAUAGAAGAACAGGUCGAUGAAGAGAAUCCAGACGAUGAACAUGGAGAAAUGCGAAUGUUCGAUGGUAGACCAGAUGGUGUCAAUUUAUUCCGUCGGAAAUCAAUCAUACCAGUUGACGAAUCGGUAUUAUCAGAGUUGGAACGUCAUCGAAGUUUAGAUGACGUUCUGAACGGGCCACCGGACGGCACUAACAGCA